AACGCGAACGGCGGCACUGUACCAGCAUUCAGUGGUUUACGGUUCGUUGUCGUUGCAUCAUCUUCUGUAAAUUUGCACGAUUAGGAAAGUCGAAGCAGCUGAGAGAAUCUUCAAUUGCGGAUCACACGUGAUAGAUCAAAAUCUACUUCAUAGUAGAAGCUUUCUGAAUCAAAUUGAAGGACCCAUUGUCAACCCAAGUAUACAAUGGCUGAAUCUCCAAGCAAACGAGCACGCAAUGGAGGCAAUAAGGUUGUGCUAGCUUACAGCGGUGGAUUAGAUACGUCCUGCAUCCUCGUCUGGCUCAUUGAACAGGGAUAUGAUGUAGUGGCAUAUACAGCUGAUGUUGGGCAGGGAGACGAUUAUGAAGCCAUCCGAGAGAAAGCAUUGAAAUGUGGAGCCAUUGAUUAUGUGGUGAAAGAUCUGAAGCGUGACUUUGUGGUUGAGAACAUCUGGCCUGCCGUCCAAGCCAACGCCAAGUAUGAAGAUCGCUACCUUUUGGGUACUGCUCUGGCUCGACCCUGUAUCUCUAAAGGCAUCAUCCAGGUCGUGAAGGAACACAAUGCGCAGUUUGUGUCACACGGAGCUACAGGGAAAGGAAAUGACCAAAUUCGUUUUGAGCUGAGUUGCUAUGCCUUACAUCCAUCCAUUAAGAUCAUAGCCCCAUGGAAGAUGCCCGAAUUCUAUGAACGUUUCCAGGGACGUAACGACCUCUUUGAGUUUGCCAGUGCCCACAACAUUCCUCUCCCAGUGACGAAGAGCGCCCCCUGGAGUAUGGAUGGGAACCUUAUGCACAUCAGCUAUGAGGCAGGCGUACUUGAAGACCCCAAGUGUGAAGCUCCCGUGGAUAUCUACCAGAUGACCUCUGACCCAGACAACUCUAGCAAACCGGACAAACUGGAAAUUGAAUUCAAGAAAGGUAUUCCUGUCCGGGUGAAACAUCUAGGUGACAGCACAGAGAAGACAGAUCCUUUAGAACUCUACUUAUACCUCAAUGAGAUUGGUGGAAGGCAAGGUGUUGGAAGGAUUGACAUCGUUGAGAAUAGAUAUAUCGGGAUGAAGUCAAGAGGUGUUUAUGAGUGUCCAGCAGGGGAGAUUCUAAUUACAGCUCACAUGGAUAUUGAAAACUUUACUAUGGAUAAGGCUGUCCGUCGCAUCAAGCAGACCUUGUCUCUACGCUUCUCAGAGCAGUGCUAUGAAGGCUUCUGGUACAGCCCAGAAUGUGAAUUCACCCGAGACUGCAUAGCUCGCAGCCAGGAGUGUGUGGAAGGCAAGGUGACAGUGACUGUUUACAGAGGCCAUGUCUACAUCAACGCCAGAGAGUCAGCUCGGAGUCUCUACAAUGAGGAACUUGUCAGUAUGGAUGUAAAAGGAGACUAUGAGCCGGUGGAUGCUCUAGGAUUCAUCAAGGUCAAUGCAGUCAGGCUGAAGGAGUACAGACGACUCCGCGGAGUAACCUUCUCCGGGGAAUCAGCAAAGUAAUGGACAGAAAUAUUAAUUAACUAAAACACACUGUGCAGGACCCCAUCUAACAAAGAGUUAUGAUUGAU